AUGACUCUUCAUCUCACAUCGCAUCUCAACGGUUUUCAUUUGCUUAGUCCACAGUACUCGUCAUUUUCAUCACUUCCUCGAGUCUCUGCGUCGCUACCUUCGAUUUCACAUCGAACCCACUUCGAAAGUUUGGUUGUUUGUGCAAGGCGAAGGAAGAAAAGAGUCGGGUACCAAAACAUUGCGAGGUUCUUCUUAAAGUCUCUGACUUUUCUGCCUCCUAAUCUCCAGAUUUUACCGGAGCCGUUGGAUCUUGUCAUUGCUGAUUUGGGCGGCGUAGAUGGAGGAGGAGGAGGAGGAAGGGGAGGAGGGUUUUGGAGAGGAUGGGGAGGAUUUGGUGGGUGGAGAAGGAAACGGAACAGAAUACCAAUUUUGAUUUUCGUCUGUGUAAUUCUAUGGAUUUAUGGUUUCUGCAAAAUCUCUGGGAAAGAGAUAAAGAGUGAUGAGGUUUUGAAGGCUUUAGGGAUUUGCUUGUUUGGUUUCACUAUGGUGAGAGAUUUGAAGAGAGAGGCUACUAGAUAUCUGGUCUUUGGGUUCCUCUGUUUCGUUGCUUCUCUGGCUUUUGGAUUCAAGAGAGAUGGUUUCGUGAAACUGGCUUCAAGAAUUAGGUCUCGUUCUUCAGUUCUUCUUAGUAAAAGGAGAAGUCGUAGAAGAGUUUAA